UGGAUAUAAUCACGCGCUCCUCAUUUCUGCACGUGAGCGAGUGUGCACGCAAAAGCAGCGCGAGCGAUUAAAUCACAGCUGUUUCUUCUUCUUCUAAAGACCAGAGGGAGUAUCGUGCGAAUAUGUAGGAGUUUAUGAUCACGGUUUCAGGGUGCCACCCCUCACAGCCGUGUCGUUAGUGUAAACGGCGUUAGGGAGUCACACACGAGCGGCGUCUCUGUGGGUGACCAUUCAGCUGAGCGUACGUCCACGCGUUACGUAAUACUUCCUGUGUAUUUAUGCGCGCACAAUAUUGACAUUAGCGUCUGGUUUUUACUGACAGCUAAUUUAUGUCUUCUUGUUUUAUUCUGGUGUCUUCCCUGUUGGUUACUAUUCUAGUCUCUAGAUAACAUGUGGGUAAAGUGGGUUUCAGUGUAUGAUGGUGUGUGGAUGUUGCUCACAGGCAGUGUAGCUAUAAAUUGACAGCAACGCUUUAGGUCAUGAUAUGACAUAAAUCCAUAACAUAUUAUUCCCAGAUAUUCAAAACAGAAUUUGAUGUUGAUUUUGAUGACAGUUUGAUGGCAGCCUAUUGCUGGAUGGUGGUCACCUGUGCUAAAUACUUGUUUUAAAGUAUGAUAUCUUGUUUAAAAAAUUACUUCCCAUUCCUGUGGCAUACAUGGGAGAGAACUAGUGAAGUGGACCUCUAAAAGGAUCUUCCAAUCCCUUUCCAUUCCACAGCCACUUUUCAAGACUGACCUAUUUGCAGAAUCAGUAGCUUCACCCAAAUAUGGAUAUGAUUUGCCACUUUCACUAGAAAUGCUCUUUAAUGAGCUUUUUUAUGUUCUUUGGGAAACUUCGUUUUUGUUACUUUUUAAUGCACAUUAGAAAUAUACACUUUGUCCUCUGAAAAUAAUUUGGUAAGCAUAAAACUUUCUCUUGUGUGGAAAUGAAGCAUAUGACUUUCUUUGUGACUGUUUGUUGCAAAAGAUGCUUAUUAUAGUGUUAGCAAACGUUGUGUGUGAGUUUGUGUGCUGAGGUGAGCAACUUUGGUCUGUGAGAGUGUCCUAUGACUGGGUUUGGAUCACAUGCUUUGUGAGUGUGUGUGUGUGAGUAUUUGUGUGUAUGACUGACAGUCAUGUGACAUUUGAACUGAAUUCAGUCGGUCAUCAGAUAGAUAAGUGAAGAACUUCCUCACUCUCUGAACACAUUCUACCUAAAAACAUCUCUCGCUCUCUCCUUCUGCUCUCUUUCUCUUUGUCUUUCUAUCUGAAUAUCACCAUGAUUCUGUGUGGCCGUAAAGGUCAUUUGAUUUGAGAAAGUAACAUCUCACUCUGUCUUGAUCUAAUUUUUAAGAAUAUUGGAUUAGGGCACACAUGCAUAUGCAUGCACAGACACACACACUCUCUCUCUCUAGUUUACCGAUUGGAAUAUAUUUGAAGAUGAAGAUUAAGAGUCGCAAGAAAUCCACCACAAGGCGUGUGUUCACUUCAGAGGAUGCUUUGAGCAACAGUUGGGCAUCUGCUGAGUUUGAUCUAGCUCAGAUCCGGUUGAUAGUGCAUCAAGACUGUGAGAGAAGAGGGCGCCAGGUUCUCUUUGACUCCAAAGCAAUACAUAAACUGGAUGCAUCAUGGGGUCGAAACCCGGGAAGGAGGAGGGACGCGCUGUUGCAGAGUCCUCGCUGCUACCGUCCGCCAAAGGAGCAGCCAUGGCUGUCUGCCUGGGGAUGGAGUGGUCGCUGCCAGCCGCCAAGAGCCAGAGGAACCACUGCCGUCUGCCGAGAAGGGGAGGAGCGGUUCCGUCCGCCAGGGGUCGGAGGGCUCACUGCCGUCCGCCAGGGGAGGAGCGAGCUGUCGUUCGCCAGAAGGGGAGGAGCGGUUGAGGGCCGGGCGACAGCGUGUCCGGGGACCGACGAGCAAGUUUUCUCUCUCCUUUCUCUCUGUGUCUCCCGCUCGCCCUUUCCCUCUCCCCACGCCUCCCCUCGUCUCUUUCCCAGGUUCCCAGGAGGCGGGGUGGACCACCAGCUGACAGAACAGCCGAAAGGGCAGCGUCUCCCCUCCAGAGAUGGGGGGAGUAAGUCAGUCCGGUGGCGCCCUGGCCUGAAUCGGGCGGGGGAGGAGUGUGAUGAUGAGGAGGAGGGUGUGGCCGGCCUGUGAGGGUGCACAGCUGGAGCUGAAUCAGGUGAUCAGCGGGAGAGCGAAAUAAAGGGGAGCCGGAGAUGCCAGUUCGAGAGAGAGAGAGAGACGUAUGCGGCCAUGCUGCAUACUGCAGACGAGACCAAAACUCCUCCCACCCGAAGUGGUGCUUGCCAAAUCGGGAGCCAAGCAAGUGAAAAAGACAAGCCCCCUACAUAUCAGUACACCAGACCAGCUUCAGAUGUGAACAUGCUUGGGGAGAUGAUGUUUGGCUCCGUUUCUAUGAGCUAUAAAGGGUCAACUCUGAAGAUUCACCACAUUCGGUCUCCACCACAGCUGAUGGUCAGUAAGGUUUUCUCGACACGAUUUGGCAGCAGCACCUCUGGAAGUACAAAUACGCUACAAGACAGCUUUGAGUCGAUGAGCCAAACUUUUCCUAGUCACAUCGGCAGCCUUGCCCACAGUAAUCCAGUGGACAUGCCAAGCAGAGGACAAUGUGAGGACGGAGAUAGUGGUAUUGCCCGCUCAGCGUCUUUAAGCAGCCUAUUGGCCACGCCCCUACCAUCGCCUGGCUCCUCCUUUAGCAGCGGCUGUGCCAGCAGUUACCAACGGCGAUUGCUCCGAAGCCAGGUUACCAGUCUCCAACACGGCCCCAUGCCUCGCUGGAGCAAUGAAGAAAUGUUCAACCUGUCUGAUGAGAGCUGCAGUUCUAACCCAGCAAUGAUCCAGAGAAAGAAGAUUGCAGUCAGCAUCAUCAUCAGCCUGCCGGAGAAAGAAGAGGAAAACCACAAUUUUCAGGAAUUCUUCUUCUCCCACUUCCCUCUCUUUGAGUCUCACAUGAACAAACUGAAGACUGCCAUCGAGAGGGCAAUGAUUGUGUGCAGAAGGAUAGCAGAGUCCAGCCAUCGAGUGCAGGUGUAUCUGUGUCGAGUGAUGGAAGCACUUGGAGAAUUCAGGAUGACAGUCUGGAACCUUUACAUGGCUCCACGCAUCAGCGAGCCUGUCUGGCUCACCAUGAUCUCCCAGAGUGCUGAGCGAAACCUGCUGUGUCAGCGUUUUCUAAAGGAAAUGAGUUUGCUGAUGGAACAUGGAGCCAAGAACCAGUUUUUCUCAGCUCUCCUUACGGCCGUUCUUACGCAUCACUUAGCCUGGGUUCCCACGGUGAUGCCCAGCAACCUCCCGCCAAUCAAACAUGCCUGCCACAAACCUUCCUCUCAGACAGUGGAUCUGCUGGCAAAGUCUCAUCCAUACAACCCACUAUGGGCUCAAUUAGGUGAUUUGUAUGGUGCUUUGGGCUCUCCAGUGAGAGUGUGUCGGACUGUGGUUGUGGGACACAGGAGGGAGCUGGUCCAGCGAGUCUUGUAUGUUCUUUCCUACUUCAUUCGCUGCUCAGACCUGCAGGAGCAUACACAACUCCAAGGACAGAUGGACAAUCCAGCCAAUCCCUGCUCCUCUCAAACCCCCGAUGUCGCCCCUGCGACUGAAACGACCAGUGAAAAAACUGACUCGUCAAAGCCCAUCCCCUGUGCUACUAGAACCAAUGAGAAAGCACUGAGCUCUGGCUUUGGUAGUUUAAAUCCAGACGUACUUUUGGAACAAAAUUAUGGAAGAACAUUUUUCACUGAUACAAAAUCAACAAAUCCCUCACCCUGUCAGGAAUCGACCACUGUUAGGCCUGAAUGUACAGAGAUUGGCCAUGAAUGUUUUGGAGAAGACAUUGACUCCGUUGGGAGCGGAUUAGAACACAUUUUGGCCUGUCAGAGUCCUCUUCCCCAGAGGGUUCAGUUUCACAUUGGCAGUCCCAGAGAGGCAGAGAAUGAUGGACAACUGAGGGGUCUAACUGGAAUGGGGUGUGGGCAGGGAUUAGACAGGAAGUUGCAUCAAAGGCUUUUGACUGACAUACGGAGGAAUGAGAGUUCAGACAGUGCUCUAGGUGAAAGUGAUGAGGAAGAAACAUCACCGCGACAACUGUUCAUGGUUACAGAUCAAAAGGAGUAUGAGUUACCACUGCCAAGUUGUCAGGUGGAGAGUCGAGCCAGUGUUAAUAAUUUUGGACGCUCUUUGCUGGGAGGUUACUGUCCUCAGUACAUGCCUGACUUUGCUUUACAUGGCAUCAGUUCUGAUCUCAGGCUCAAACAGUGCCUUAUGUCUGACCUGGAACACACUGUUCUUCAUCCGGCGUUGGAUGAGCCAGUGGCUGAGGCUCUGUGCAUUGUGGCAGACACAGACCGGCUGAGCGUGCAGGUGGUGACGAGUCAAAGACGCACGUGUGAGGGUGGACGGUUAGGCAGAGACGUGAUGGUGUCCAACCUCAUACACAUGCUCAUCACAUCAGUUUUGCAGCUGUAUGCACUCAACAUUCCAGCUGAUUUUUGUGUGAUGCAUUUGGAAGACCGGUUACAGGAGGUGUACUUUAAGAGUCGGUCCUUAGCAGAAUAUCUGAGAGGACAAACCAGGGUCCAUGUUAAAGAACUGGGGCUGGCACUUGGGAUUGAGUCCAGUGACAUUCCAUUGCUUGCAGCAGUGGCCAGCACACACUCUCCCUAUGUGGCACGGAUUCUUCUUUGACUGCAGCAAGCAAGAUUUAUUUCAUUUGAAGGACCAAUCGGAAUGUGUACCUGUUCUGCAUGGACCAGCAAAGAUCUGAUCAUUAUCAGAUUAACACACCAAUCUUGAUGCACUGUGCUCGACAACCAAUUUAGGGCCCACACCCAGCCUUUAAUAUACCAAUCAGAAUGCCUUGUUUGUCCAGCUGACAGUGUUUUGUGUGUAUGUAGGUGUGCCGUCUAAGUAACAGAUAUGUAAAUAUGGCCACCCUCUGGACUGGAUCAUACACCACAUUGAGACACUUGUUUAUGCUUUCCUUAUGUCUUUUCAAAGAUUUUAUUUAAUGUCUUUUUAAGUCUUAGAUGAAAGAGAAGGCUGGAGAUAAAGAGCAUCACUAAAAGCAUUAUGAAGUAAGAUUUAUUUAUAUGAGUCUCAAGGAAGCGACCUUCUGUAUUAGCAUCAGUUAUCAAAUUCUUAAAUGAUUCUGUGUUGGAAGUUUUGUGUGUUUGUUUACGGCAUGUGUUUUCUCUGCGAGUGUGUGUGUGUGUGUGCUUAAAUCUCAGAAAGAUGGUAGAAUGUUUACAGAAUGGAAGUAUAGGUAGAGUGCGUGUGAUACUAAACGUUGUUACUGUUAAUGUAAUUACUGGUCACUGGACAGUCCA